AUGGCUUCAAUUCCAGCUAAAACCUCUUCUCUCAAACUCUCAUUGGUUCCCGGUCCCAUCAUCGUCGGAGCCGGUCCUUCAGGCCUCGCGGCCGCCGCAUGCCUCGCCGACGCAGGAAUCCCUUCCUUAGUCCUCGAGAAAUCCAAAAGUUUAGCUUCCAUGUGGCGCCACUGGACUUACGACCGGCUUAGUCUUCACCUACCCAAACAGUUCUGCGAGCUUCCCUUAAUGGAGUUUCCCGAACACUUUCCCAAGUACCCAUCCAAGAACCAGUUCAUCUCCUACAUAGAGUCCUAUGCUGCCACUCACAGCAUUAAACCUCGAUUCGGCUGCGCCGUCGUGCAAGCAGAGUUUGAUUCAGCGGCAGGAAAAUGGCGAGUCAGGACACAGUUUGAGGAGUUCUUGACCCGGUGGCUUGUGGUGGCAACGGGAGAAAACGCCGUACCUGUAAUUCCGGACUUUCCUGGACUUAUUAAGUUCUCCGGCGAUGUAAUCCAUAGCUCCGAGUACAAAUCCGGCAUAUUUUACAAAGGAAAGAAGGUUCUUGUUGUAGGCUGUGGGAAUUCCGGCAUGGAAAUUUGCUUGGAUCUCUGCCGGCAUAAUGCCUCUCCAUCUAUAGUGGUUAGAAGCAAUGUACAUGUAUUGCCGAGGGAAAUGAUGGGGUGUUCGACGUUCGGGAUAGCUAUGGCGCUACUGAAAUGGCUUCCACUCCGAAUGGUGGACAUGAUUCUUCUGUUCAUGGCUAAUUUGGUGAUGGGCGACACCGGGUCAGUCGGACUUCGACGGCCCAAAGCUGGGCCCAUUGAGCUCAAAGAUCUGACUGGAAAGACUCCGGUGAUGGACGUAGGUGCUCUGUCUCUCAUCAAAAUCGGCAAGAUCAAGGUGACUGAGGGCGUGAGGGAGAUCACAGGCCAAGGAGCUAAGUUCGUCGAUGGUAAGGAGGAGCGCUUUGACUCCAUUAUUUUCGCCACUGGUUAUAAGAGCAACGUGCCUUCCUGGCUCAAGGAUGGAGGAGGACAUUUCACGGCGGAGGGAAUGCCUAAAGAGCCAUUCCCGAAGGGUUGGAAGGGAGAGAAGGGGCUCUACUGUGUUGGCUUCACGAGAAGGGGGCUCCUGGGCACGAGUUUUGAUGCGCGGAGCAUCGCUACAGAUAUCAAGCUUCAGUGGCAACUUGGAUCCUGA